AUGUAUACAGGAACUUGCGAAGCGCAAGCUGAAUACGUUCAACAUACCUUUCAAUCACCCGUAUUUCAAGAUCUAUCAAACGCAGCGGCCGUUGUCCUUAAUCUCGCAUAUGGCUGGAAGGUCACUAAGAAUGACGAUUAUCUCAUUGGUGUCGUGCAAGAAGGCCUUGCCAUCACUGGCAUCCUGUCCCAGCCUAGCCGUUGGUUAGUCGAAGUGAUACCAUCCUUACGUUUCGUACCAUCAUGGUUCCCAGGAGCAGGUUUUAAACGCGUGGCCUUCGACCUCGGGCAAAAGCUAAGUAGGACUGAUACGAUACCAUUUGACUGGGCUAAACAGCAAAUUGAUGGGUCCGCGGUCGGCCCCCAACAAGAAGAAAUCAUCAAGUGGUCCAGCCAGGGAAUCUAUGCCGGGGGAGCAGACACCACAGUAUCAGCCGCUACGUCUUCUGUUCUAGCGAUGAUGCUCUAUCCCGAGGCGCAGAAGCAGGCGCAGGCAGAGAUCGAUGCUGUCGUGGGCCAAGACAGAUUUCCCACUUUCGAGGAUAGAGAAAAGCUCCCGUACAUCGGAGCGAUCAUCCAGGAGAUCCUCCGUUGGGCACCCGUGGUACCGUCAGGGCUCCAGCACCACGCGAUGAACGAAGACGUCUACGAAGGGUACCGAAUUCCCAAGGGUACCAUCGUCAUAGCAAACGUCUUUUCCAUCUCACGCGAUAAAGAAACGUACCCCGACCCAUUGGAGUUCAGGCCCGAGCGCUUCCUCGGUCCCUCGCCCCAAAUGGACCCACAUAAAUUUGUCUUUGGGUUCGGGCGCCGUGCAUGCCCUGGAUUCCAUUUUGCCGAAGCGUCGUUAUACCUCAAUAUUUCGUGUAUCCUUGCUGCGUUCACGAUCGCCAAACCACUCGAUGAAAGAGGGGAAGAAAUCACACCUCCUGCAGAGUUCGAGGGUGUUGGCCCAAUCCGGCACCCCAAACCAUUCAAGUGCAGGUUUAUCCCAAGAAACAAGGAUCUGUUGGCAUCUCUCUCGCAAUAA